AAACCUAAAUUGAAUUGAAUUGAAUUGUGUGAUUAUCUAUCAUAAACUUUAAAUAACUUUCACCAGGCUAAGAGGCCCAAUAUAGAAAAUACAAUCGCUUCUGUGUAAUAUCCUACAAUGGGUAAAAGAUACCGCUGCGAUUAUUGCGAUAAACAUAUGGUUACUUCGCCUUCGAUAAUUAAAACACACAAUAAAGGAUUGUUUCAUCAAAAACUUGUAAAUGAAUACUAUCAACAAUAUAAAGAUCCUGAAACAAUUCUAGCAGAGGAAAGUACAAAGAGACCAUGCAACCGAUUCUUACAGGGAACCUGUAGCUUUGGCAGUAUAUGUCGCAACUCUCAUUACACUAUGGAGCAGAUUAACCAAUUUAGAGAAUAUGUGGCAUUAAAACAUCAACCCGAGUCAUUCAACCAACCGUCUUUCGAAGAUUUAUACCACAAACUUCAAGAAAACAAAUCGAACACACCACAAAAUGAACAGAACACUGUAUUAUAUGAUAAUAACGGUGUAACUCAUGUUUUUCCAUGGACUUACAAUAAUGCUUUUGACAUUUACAAUGAAAAGCCACCGAGUUUAAGAAAAUACACAAUUGAAGAUUUUAAAAACGUUGAAAUCGUUGACUGGGGUUGAACCAUUACAUUGGAUAGAUGGACUUCCGUUAUGCUCAAAAAAAGGAAUUCCGAUACAUCAAUUAUCCAGUAUAUAUUGUUUCAAAAAAAUUUCAAACACCACGCCCAAAAAUAAUUGCUGCUAAAUAUUCGCUUCGGAAAUUAUAAUUUUUAGUUUUACUUUG